AUGAAUGAUGAUUAUUAGAUGUAUACUAAAUAAUUUUAGAUUGAUUCAAAUGAUUAUAUUCCGACAUCCUAUUUUUCAUAUGGUAUUUGGAGCAGAUACACUCCAUUAGGUAGAAACAAUCAAAUUGGAACCGUAGGAAUAUUUGACAGUUAAUGUUUUCAUCUUCACAAUGUAAUUGGACAAUCUUCGAGAUUAUUAAAUUUUUUAAUUUUUGAUUGUCUUGAAUAUCCAGAAAAAAUAAUAAAAAGAAAAAUAUUUUUUAAAGCUUCAAAUGAGUAGUGGCAUCAUUUUGAAGCAAUUAUAAACAAUUUCUCAUAUGAAUUUGUUUGGCAUUAUUUUGAAAUAACAUCAUGGCCAUAUUAGCAGAAACUUUAAUUAAUUUUUAUAUAAUACCCAGAAAUAAUAUUAAAUAAAUUAAUAGAUGUGAAUUUUCCUUACAGUGAUUUAGAUUUAUUUUUCACUGUCGGAGGUGGUCUUUAUAUAGAUAAAUAUUAAAAUAUCCCUGGAAUUGAAGAGGGAUCAAAAUUUUCUUUUUUCCCAGGGAAGAUGUAUUUAUAUCCUUUUACAACAGGAAAAAACAAAGGAAGGAAUGAUUACUUAUAAGUAAUUAAUUAUAUUUAACUCUUUGAAUGCAUCUGUAAUUUUAAUAUGAUAAGGUAAAUACCUGAUAAAGAUUGA